AUGGUGUGUUUAUUAUUGCAUGCAGGUACAACACCUUUGAAAAAACAACUGAAGGAAAGUGCUGUUCCAAGUUUGUUUUAUUGGACCGAGGGCCUCAAAGAACCUUCAUCUUCAGAACCUGGAACCUUAAGAUCUGGGAGGGAAUACAUAUCACAUCAGGCAGAAAGGACAAGUUGUAGUUUUGAGGCAUUUGAAAUUCCUACUGACUUGGUUUCCCAAGAGGAGGUUAUUGAGACUGAUGAUUCACCUACUCUACUCUCUUCAGAUGAGCCAUCACAGCCUAUCCAUCUGUUGGUGAAUUCAGCAUCCCAAACACCAUCAAGACCAAUGUUCAGCAUUGAGAAUUUCAUUAACGAUAAUGCUGGUAUUAUGUUCUACACUGGGCUUUCAUCAUAUCAAGAUUUUACUUUUGUUUUGCAAACUUUAGGUGAAAGUAUAUAUCAUUUGAAUUAUUUGUACUCGCAGGUUGAAAAUAUGAACAUAGAGGAUCAGUUUUUCCUCACUCUUAUCAAGCUUCGACAGUAUAAAACCAACUUUGAACUUAGCCGAUUGUUUAGUAUUUCAGAAUUUUCAGUUUGCAAUAUAUGGAUCACGUGGGUGAACCUCAUGUCCUGCCAAUGGAGGGAGAUUGAUUUAUGGCCAGACAGGGAUAUUGUAAGAUUUUUUUGUCCUACAGAUUUUUUUCAUAAAUUUCCAACAACGAGAGUCAUUGUUGAUGGCACAGAGUGUCCUGUGAAAAAGCCAAAACCUCCGAUUGCUCAGCAGAGUACGUUUUCAACAUACAAAAACAGGAACACGAUCAAAGUGUUAGCUGGGGCCACACCAGGUGGGUUGAUUUCAUAUUUGUCCCCUGCAUAUGGGGGAUCUACAUCAGACCGCCAGAUUGUAGAAAGAUCCAGUUUGAUGAAUUUAUGUGACAAAGGUGACAGUAUUAUGGCGGACAAAGGAUUUAAUGUACAAGAUCUCUUUGCGCCACAUGAUGUCACUAUAAACAUCCCUACUUUCUUCAAAAACAGAAACCAAAUGUCAAAUAAAACUGUUCAAAGAGACAGGAAAAUAUCAAGCAAGAGAGUCCAUAUUGAACGUUUAAUUGGUUUAGCCAAAACAUACAAAAUUUUAACUCAAGCAUUGAAUACAACUGAAACAAAACUUGCAUCAGAAAUAACCUUCUGCUGUUUCAUGCUGUGCAAUUUCCGUAGAUGCAUUAUUCCAAAACAUGCUUAA